AUUCUCUCACAAAGCCACUGGCUGACAGACAGUCUGGAGUGCUCAACUGACACAAAACCUCAUUAAAGCACUCUAGGACAAGCAGAGGAAAAAGAAAAGGAGAAGAGCAGAACAAGUAGGGAAUAAGGAAGAGAACGGGACGAGAAGAAAUAGAGAGAGACACUCACGCCUCUUACUGCCCCCAUUUUUUCCUCCUCUGCCGCUGCUCUCUCUCACUCUUCUUUCUCACUCCUUCUCUUAGUCUCGUACCAGCACACACACCCUCUCUCAUUCUCAUCAAACAUUUUUCAUCAUCUCGCUUUUCAAAGAGAGAGGGGAGACGCAUUUGGAGGGUGUCUGAAAUUCUGGAGCUCCACAGAUGCCUGAGACCAGCGGAGAGAUAGGAGCCUCACCCUGUUUGGAAAAGAUAGAGAAAACAAAAGAAGAGAAGGACUGCAACAAACUUAUACACCUCAGUAUUCCCUCAUAACCACUACUGGACGCUGGUGUUUGUGGGGUUAUCAUGGUGACAUUAAGAGUUACAUUGACUUUAAGGUUCACUUUGUUGCUCCUGUACUGUUUAGGCUGUACUGGUUGGCCGAGCCAGGCUCAGCAGUUGUCCCUGCGGGCUUUGCAUCAAGUGGCCCAAACCCGGCAAAACCUCUCUGAGAGUGCAGAGAGCAAAGUAGAACGACUCGGCCAGGUCUUCCGAAAGAACGUGCGUCUCCUUCGGGAACAGGGAGGCUGUCUGGAUCUGGUCUUUCUCGUGGACGAGUCGUCCAGCGUGGGAUCUUCCAACUUUGGGAGCGAGCUGCGAUUUGUGCGAAAGCUGCUGUCAGAUUUUCCGGUGGCGCCGGAGGCAACACGUGUAGCACUGGUGACAUUUAGUUCCAAGAGCCAUGUGGUUACAAGAGUGGACCAUGUGUCUGCACCCAAAGCCCACCAACACAAGUGUUCGCUCUUCAGCAAAGAGAUCCCCUCCAUCACUUACAGAGGAGGUGGCACCUACACCAGGGGGGCCUUCCAGCGUGCAGCGCAAAUUCUGAGGCACUCGCGUGAGAACGCCACGAAGGUGAUCUUCCUCAUCACUGACGGGUACUCAAAUGGCGGAGACCCGCGGCCGGUGGCGGCGGCGCUGAGGGAGAGAGGUGUGGAGAUUUUCACGCUGGGCAUCUGGCAGGGAAACAUCCGCGAACUACACGACAUGGCCUCGCACCCCAGGGAUCAGCACUGCUACCUAGUGCACAACUUUGCUGAGUUUGAAGCACUUGCUCGACGCGCCCUUCACGAAGAUCUUCCAGCUGGAAGUUAUAUUCAGGAGGACCUGGCCCAGUGUUCUUCGUUGUGCGAAGAGGGAAAGGACUGUUGUGACAUGAUGGCCAGCUGUAAAUGCGGUACACGGACAGGACAGUACGACUGUGUGUGUGAGAAAGGAUACUAUGGAAAAGGACUUCAGCAUGAAUGCACAGCUUGUCCAUCUGGCACAUAUAAACCUGAAUCAGUUUCUGGAGGUGUAAGCACCUGCCUUCCCUGCCCCGACCCUCAUCACACAUCCAGACCUGGGAGUACAGAUGUAUCAGACUGUGUGUGUACACAAGGCUACAGACCACACAACAACACAUGCCAAGCGGUGGUCUGUCCAGUUCUCUCUCCCCCAGAGAAUGGUUUCUUCAUCCAGAAUGUGUGUAAUAAUCAGUUUAACUCUGCAUGUGGGGUGCGCUGUCUCCCAGGCUUUGACCUGCAGGGUGAUGGAAUCAGACUCUGUCAGCCAGACAGGACCUGGUCAGGACUUCAGCCGAGCUGCAGAGUUCGCUCUUGCCCAGAUCUCUCUCCUCCGCAUCAUGGGGUACUCAACUGCAGUGAGAAGACUGCCCCCCACAGGCUGGAGUGUUUGGUGCGCUGUGAACUGGGCUAUAGACUACAGGGCAGAGCCAGACUCACCUGUCUGGCCACCUCGCAGUGGAGUGGACCACAGCCCCGGUGUGUCGAGGUACGCUGUCCUCCAAUUGAUACUUUGAAGCAUAUCCGUCUGUCUCCUCCUACCUGUGGGAAGAAUGAGGUCAGGACCGGAGCAUCGUGUCAGUUAACCUGUCCCAAUGGUUAUGGUCUCAUCGGUAACUCUGAAAUCAGAUGUCUGCCUUCUGGAAACUGGAGUGACAAUCUACAUAAAGCCACCUGUACAGAUAUAGAGCCUCCCUGGAUUCAGUGUCCUGGUGAUGUCAUCACCGAGACAGAUGAACAUCAGAGGUCAGCUAACAUCAGUUUGAGUGCACCCAUGCUUGGGGACAAUUCUGGAGAUGAGGUUGUGGUGCAGGUGACUCCUGUUCUAAACCCCAUGCAGCCUUUCCCUAUAGGAACUGAGUUCAUAAUAUACACAGCAACCGACCGCUCAGGAAACAAGGCCAACUGCUCUUUCACUGUUACUGUAGUCGAUACGGAACCCCCUUUGAUUGACAGAUGCAGAUCUCCACCCACCGUUAAGGCCACUGGGAAAAAAACUGCAGUAUACUGGGAAGACCCUCAGUUUUCAGACAAUUCUGGAGCCUAUUUGAAUAUCUCUAGUACUCACUCAUCUGGAGGUGUAUUUCCUGUUGGAGAAACUUCAGUGUAUUACACAGCCACAGACCCUUCUGGAAACAACCGUAGCUGUGAACUCAUCAUUACUGUACAAGGUUCAAUCUGUGAGAAGCCAUUUGUGCCAGUGAAUGGGGAUUUCUCAUGUGCCAAGACAGAGGAGGGAAUAAACUGUUCUCUAAUAUGCAGACAAGGUUACAGUCUUACCCAGGAUGCCGUGCACAGCUACUUUUGCGCCAAUAAUGGAAUCUGGGAGCCGCCCCGUUCUCCAGACAGACCUGAUUGCUCCCUGAACAGAAUUGCAAACAAUGGCUUUAAGCCCUUUGAGAUGUUGUUUAAAGCAUCCCGCUGUGAUGAUCUUGACUUGCUAAAGUCCUUCACAGGGGAGUUUUCAACUGUUCUUAAAGACACGGUCCCUAAAAUCUGCAGUGGAGAUGAUGUAACCUGCAAACUGGAAAUGACUUUACCCGGACAGUGCCUGGAGUAUAACUAUGAUUAUCCAAAUGGAUUUGCUAUUGGAUGGGGCAAUAAUUGGGGCUCUCAGACUGGCCAGGACUAUGCAUAUUUUGACACUGGCUUUGCUCCAGAGCACCACUUGCAGCAAGAUGGUUCAUCACAACAUGACUAUCCCAUGAGGUCCAAACACCAUCGCAAAAUCACUGGCCCUACCAGAGAGCAAAAGAUACAAAUCCAUUUCAACAUCACAGCAAGCAUCCCACUGCCCUUGUCGAGGAACGACUCGGCGGAAAAAGUCAAUCAAAGACGUUUGCUGAGGGCACUUGAGCAUCUGACCAAUCGGAUUAAGCGGACAAUGAGCAAGCAACCGUUCUCUACCUUCCGUGUGUCGUCAGAGAUGAUCGUUGCAGACCCCAAAUCCUUGGAGAGUAAAAGGGCUACACUGUACUGCCAGCCAGGGUCUGUUCUCAAAGGCAGGGUGUGUGUGCAAUGCCCAGUAGGGACGUAUUUCUCCCUGGAGUAUGGCGAGUGUGAGAGCUGUUGGAGAGGGUCAUAUCAGGAUGAGGAGGGUCAGAUGGAGUGUAAGUCAUGCCCAGAUGGCUUCUCCACUCCGUACCUCCAUUCCCGCAGCUUGGAAGAGUGCAAAGCGCAGUGCCAGCCUGGCAGCUCAUCAUUAACUGGGUUGGAGACCUGUGAGUCCUGUCCUUUAGGGGAAUACCAGCCAGAUUUCGGCUCUCAGGUCUGUCUGCCCUGCCCUUCCACCACGACCACUGUCAACAGAGGGGCUCUGGAUGUCAAUGAGUGCGGUGUACCAUGUUCCGCUGGUCAUUUCUCCCGGACAGGUCUAGUUCCGUGUUACCCAUGUCCCAGAGAUUAUUACCAGCCUGAAGAGGGCCGUUCCUACUGUCUCUCUUGCCCCUUUUAUGGUACCACCUCAGUAGCAGGGGCCAAAGCCAUCCAACAGUGCUCCAGCUUUGGCUCUAGUUUGCUGCCUAAAGAGGAAAGUGAAACUGCAGCGCCAGAAGUUGUUUUGAGAAAGGAUUAUCAAGCCAGUAGCCAGAUGUUCCAUGAAUGUCUUCUGAAUCCGUGUCAAAACCAAGGCACUUGUGAGGAAGUCGGCGUUGGAUAUGUUUGCACCUGUGUUCCAGGAUUCACAGGAGCCAAGUGUGAGAGCGAUAUUGAUGAAUGUGAUUCUGCUCCUUGUCAAAAUGGAGGCUUGUGCAGAGAUGGCAUUGGAGAUUUCCAGUGUCAAUGUCAGCCUGGGUUUGUAGGCUUGAUGUGUGAGGCAGAGGUGAACGAGUGCAACUCUUCUCCAUGUUUGAACGAAGGACUCUGUGUGGACGAAGUGAACCACUUUACAUGUAGCUGUCCAGAUGGAUUCACAGGUUCCCGUUGUGAGUUGGAAAUAAAUGAGUGUGCUUCCGAUCCAUGUCAAAACGGAGGUGUUUGUAAAGAUUUGGAGGGUGGGUAUUUCUGUACAUGUUCUCAGGGCUUCACUGGUGACAAUUGUGAGGUUGAAGUGGAUGAGUGCUACAGCGACCCCUGUCUGAAUGGAGGAACAUGUGUGGACGCUAUCAAUGAUUUCAGGUGUGAAUGUGUGAAUGGAUACAGAGGAAGACUGUGCCAGGUGGACGUAGAUGACUGCGCUCCAAAUUUGUGUUUGAAUGGUGCGACCUGCGUGGAUGGAGUGGCCACUUUCACCUGCCGAUGCCCUCCUGGGUUCAACGGAACCAGGUGUGAGACAGAAAUGUCCUCCUCCUUUGAUCUGGAGUUUGAAGUUUCUGGUAUCCAUGGUUACGUGUUGAUGGACAGUCACAUGCCAUCACUUACACAGAUCACAUGUACAUUUUGGAUGAGAUCAUCAGACACUGUUAAUUAUGGAACUCCCAUCUCUUACGCUGUGGAGGGAAGUGACAAUGCCUUCCUCCUCAUUGACUACAAUGGGUGGGUCUUGUAUGUUAAUGGCAAGGAGCGGAUCACCGACUGCCCAGCAGUAAAUGAUGGCCUCUGGCACCAUAUUGGUGUAUCAUGGCGCAGCAAGGAUGGUGAUUGGAGAGUUUAUAUUGAUGGGAGCCCUUCAGACGGAGGGAAAGGACUAUCAGCUGGCACUACCAUACCAGGAGGGGGUGCUCUUGUACUUGGACAGGAUCAGGACCAGAGGGGAGAUGGCUUUAACCCAGUGGAGUCCUUUGUGGGCACUCUUAGCCAGCUUAAUAUAUGGAACUAUGUUUUAACACCACAGCAGAUCAAGUCUCUGGCCAGUAGCUGUCCACGUGAUCUGCAGAAAGGGAACGUGUUUGCAUGGCCUGACUUCUUAGGAGGGGUCACAGGCCGAGUAAAGACCAGCAGCAAGAGCAUUUUCUGUGCUGACUGUGCCCUGGUGGAAGCCUCUGUUCCUCGACUGCGCUCAUCCAGUAAAGCUGUGAGUCCGGGCUCUAAGGUGCAGUUCUCUUGCAGUCCUGGGUUCUAUCUGGUGGGGGAGCCAGUGCAGCGGUGCUUAAACAGAGGUCAAUGGAGCCACGCAGAGCCAAUAUGUGAACGUGUGGAAUGUGGUCCUCCACCUGACCUGGAGCAUGGACAGUAUCAUGGAGAGGACUUCUAUGCUGGGAGCACAGUGCUUUAUCAAUGUAAACCAGGGUUCUACCUGCUAGGGGAGAAAAAGAUGUUAUGUAACAUCAAUGGUAAAUGGAUUGGCAUCCCACCUGCAUGUUUGGAUGUGGAUGAAUGUUCUCUGGGCUCUGAAUGUGAUGAACAUGCUAGUUGCCAAAACACUGAUGGCUCUCAUAUAUGCACCUGCAUACCCCCUUACAGUGGAGAUGGAAGAAACUGCACAGCCCUUUCCUGUGCACAUCCCACUCUCCCUGAAUAUGGAAUCAUGAAAGGGUCAAACUUCACAUACGGAAGCAAGGUGACUUUCAGUUGUGAGAAGGGGUAUGUCCCUCAGGAGCCAAUAGAAAGCCAGUGUCAAACGGAUUUGAAGUGGAGCAGAGAGCCCCAUGUUUGCCAGCCUGUUACCUGUGGUGAGCCCCCAUUGGUUGAUUAUGCUGAAUAUACCCUCAACGGGAAAGUGUACCUCUCCACGCUAACGUAUACCUGCAUAGAAGGAUACAGUUUGCAGGGUGCCAUGGAACUGAAGUGUGAGUCAUCAGGAGAGUGGGCAUCUCCUCCCCCUAUCUGUGCCAGAGUGGACUGUGGCAAACCUCCUCCUUUGAAGGAUGCUGUGAUUAAGGGUGACAACUUUACACUGGGUAACAUGAUCACCUAUGUUUGCAAAGAGGGAUACACCCUUCUUGGUGUAGACACUCAAGAAUGCCUCCCAAGUGGCAACUGGACUCAUUAUUCUGCCCAGUGUGUGCCUCGGUCUUGUGGACCACCACCCCAAGUUGACCAUGCGUUACCUGUCACUGGACACCAGCUUUUUGGGGACACUGCUAUCUACUUCUGCGAUGAUGGCUACACUGCUGGUAACAAUACAAAACUGUUCUGCAAUGCCCAAGGUGUUUGGGCACCCCCAGAUGGAUUUGGCAUUCCUCACUGCAUUGCCGACUUCUGCCAGAGUCCCCCGGAUUUACCUCACGCCAUUCUGGACUCCAUCAACAAACCAAAGUAUUUAAGCAACACAGAGGUCAGCUACAAGUGUGAGGAGGGAUUUGUUCUCAACACAACAGGAACCCUGAGGUGCAUGAUAGGGGGAGAGUGGACACCCUUGCCUUUGGAUAUUGGCUGUAUGCCUGUCAGAUGCUCAAAGCCAGACAGUAUUAAGAAGGGCUAUGUAAGUGGGGACAAUUAUAGUUUUGGAGCAGUGAUUGCGUACAGCUGUGACAAAGGAUAUUUUAUUCGCGGAGAGAAGAGGAGAAUUUGUAAAGCCAACGGUGAGUGGGGAGGUGUCUUGCCCAUAUGCCAACCUAUUUCUUGUCCCAGCCCUCCUCGCUUGGCAAAUGGUUUUAUCCAGGGCCGAAGGAGAAAGAACGGUUAUGUGUAUAGCAGUAGAGUGACCUAUGCUUGCAAUGAUGGUUAUCACCUAACCGGAAAGCCUGAACGUAUAUGCAUGGCCAAUAAGCAGUGGUCAAACAACAAUCCUCCUGUUUGUAUCCUCCUCACCUGCCCUACCCCACCUGAUAUCAAAAAUGGCCGUUAUCAUGGCUCCACAUUUGAAGUCGGCAGCAAGGUGGAAUUUGCCUGCAACGAGGGAUAUGAACUCAUAGGAGAUUCUGUAUGGACUUGUUUGAAGUUUGGAAAUUGGGACAAGAGUGUAACCCCACGUUGUUCCCCAGUUCAGUGCCCCGAACCACCUUUAGAGGAGAAUCACCUUGUACUGCAUAGAUUAGAUUCUAACUCAGCCAUUGUGGAGCUUUCUUGUGAGGAAGGUUAUGUUCUCCAUGGUGCACGAACUCUUCGUUGUACCCCAUCCCAGGAGUGGAAUGACUCUUUUCCUGUCUGCAAACAAGUCUUUUGUGGACCUCCCCCUGAGGUUGCCUUUGGUGACCCAUCCAAAGCACUUUGGUACUUUGGUAGCGUGGUAACCUUCUCAUGCAUGGUUGGCUUUACACUUCGGAAGGAAGCUUCUGUUCGCUGCCAGGCAGAUGGGUACUGGAGUAAACCUUAUCCCGAAUGCAUUCCUAUUGAAUGCCCACAGCCUGAAGACAUACCAAAUGGAAUUGUGGAUGUUCAAGGACUAAUGUAUCUUAGUACUGCUGUCUAUAGCUGUAAGGCAGGGUAUGAUUUAGCAGGUAACAGCACUGUGCUUUGUGGUCAAAGUGGACAGUGGAUAGGAAUUGUACCUGUAUGUCACCCUGUUAAGUGUGUUGCGCCCAAGGAGAUUGUCAAUGGCUAUGUUAGGUACACCAGGCUUCAGUUUAGCCAAUCCGUUACAUAUUCCUGCCACAGGGGAUACCACCUACAAGGCUCAGAAACCCUUACCUGUUUGGAGAAUGGACAGUGGCAGCAGGAGGCUCCUACUUGUGUGCAGAUCUACUGUUCUCCUCCAAAACCAAUUGAGAAUGGCUUUGUAGAGGGACGGGACCGCAAAUUUGGGGUUACUAUCUUCUAUAGCUGCUUCCCAGGUUUCCUACUAGUUGGUAAUAAUCAUCUCACCUGUGAAGAACAUGGCUGGUCAAGCUCUGAGCCCAAAUGUAUUCCUGCUGACUGUGGCCUGCCUCCGCAUAUUGAUUUUGGUGACUACUCAAAGGUCAGAGAACAGUCAGCAGAAGACGACGAUGCUCUUACAAGCCAACAUUUACCAGUAGAAAACAGCUUUUUACAUGGUUCCCUGGUUCAAUAUCAUUGUCAUGCUGGGUAUGAAAUUAAUGGAGACAUUGUGUUGAUGUGCCAAGAAUAUGGCACAUGGAAUGGAACUGCCCCUGUGUGUGUUCCGGUACAAUGUGAGACUCCACCCAGCCCUGAAUAUGGAUCAGUUAUGUUAACAGAUAGCGCACUUGGCAGCCUUGCGGAGUACAGUUGCGAGGAGGGUUACGAGCUUAAUAGACAGACCAUCCGACAGUGCAUUUCUGGGAAGCAGUGGAGUGAUGACGCUCCUCGCUGUUUGCCCAUCUCUUGUGGUAACCCUGGCGGCAUUGCAAAUGGUGAGGUGAUUGGAAAAUCCUUUCAUUUCAAGGCACUUAUUCACUACGAGUGCCAUAAUGGGUUUGUCCUUGAGGGUGUUGAAACUAGAACUUGCCAGGUUGAUGGGAAAUGGGAUAGCAAAGCUCCAUUGUGUAGAGCAGUCUCCUGUGGGCGCCCUGUUGUAUCAAAGAAUGUUUUAGUAAAAGGAGACGACUAUACAUUUGGAAAGAGGUUGUUGUUCAGCUGCAAUCUUGGCUUCCUCUUACAGGGAACACCAACCAGUGUUUGUUUAGCCAAUGGAAGUUGGAGUGAGGCUCCUCCAAAGUGCCUCCCAGCCAACUGUGGUCAACCACCCGUAAUCGAAAAUGGCAGAGUAACAGGCACAGAUUAUGGUUACAACAGUAUGGUUAGGUAUGCUUGUGACAUUGGAUACAUCUUGACAGGAAAUCCUACACUAAUAUGCAGAGCUGAUGGACUAUGGGAUGACCCUCCUCCACGGUGUGACGUAGUCACAUGUGACCCACCUGAGGAUAUUAGCCAUGGUUACCUGAAUGGAUCAAGCUUUAAUUUUGAUGAUGUUGUGGAGUACAUUUGUUUCCCAGGCUAUGAAGUUGUUGGCAGUUCAGUUUUGCGAUGUGCUGCCGAGGGUGUCUGGCUGGGGCAAGUUCCAGAAUGUCGACCUUGUGUUUGCAGUCCCCCAGUUCUGAAGUACGGUGCUAUUCUCGGCCGAGACCACACCUGUGGUACAAGCAUCUGGUUCCGAUGUAAUGAAGGCUAUAAAACUCUUGGCCCCACAGAGGCAAAAUGUGACAAGGGUGGAGUGUGGAGUCCAGGAGUACCCAUCUGCACCCGAGGGAGAUGUUCCAGCCCUCCUCCAGCUGUGCCUAAUGCUGUCGUACAAGGCAGAGCUUCCUACUCCAUUGACACUGUCACUUACCGGUGUAGGCCAGGGUAUAAUUUAAAAGGUUCCCCCCAUCUGUCCUGUGGAAGGUUGGGCAGAUGGGGAGAGCCAAACCUGAACUGUGAACCCAUUUCUUGUGGAGUUCCUCCUCUUAUCCCAAAUGCAGAGACUGCUGGAGUGGUGUUAACCUAUGGCCGCAAAGCUCAGUACAGGUGUAAAGAAGGUUUUGAAUUAGCAACAAAGACUGAUUCAAUAAUCUGUCAAAGUGAUGGCACCUGGUCCAAACACAGCGUCAGAUGUCGACCUUCACCCUGCAGCCUUCCUGCAAACCUCACCCAUCUAGUCAUCACAGGCAAGCAGCUCACAGCUGUAGGGAGCACAGUCAAAAUCUCCUGUAGACCAGGGUACUAUCUUGAGGGACCUGGAUUAUCUGAAUGUUCAGUCUCUGGCAAAUGGUCUCCACCUUUCUCUUCCAAGUCUUGUGUGCCUGUUAUUUGUGAGAAACCUCUCCCCAUUCUCAAUGGCUUGGUUGAGGGCAAGAGCUACAAUUAUGGAGAUAUUAUUAACUAUAGUUGUCUACCAGGAUUUGAACUACAGGGGGAUUCUGUUCAGACAUGUCAAGGUGAUAAAACCUGGGGUGGAACUCAGCCAGUGUGUGCCGCUGUGUCAUGUGGUGCUCCACCUGUGGUUCCCCAUGCGGUUACUCUGUCCAGUGGUCAGACGUACCAAAGUUUUGUGAGUUAUAUGUGUCAUCCAGGGCUGAGUUUGGUUGGUUCACAGAACCUCACUUGUCAAGCAGAUGGAAAAUGGAGCUUACCUACACCAUCAUGUGAAUUUCCAGGUGGCUGUGAGAGGAUAAUAGACUUGCUGAAUGGUAAAGUGCAGGAGCACAACCUGUCCAGCAGACGUGCUGUUGAAUUUCACUGUAACAAAGGCUACACACUGCAGGGAGAGUCUCUCAUCAUGUGUGUGGGAAACGGCUCCUGGAGUUCACCUUUCCCUGUCUGUAUACCCAAAUCAUGCCCCCCUCCUCCUGGCUGGACUGAAGGCAGUGUCAAUGCUACUCAGAUGGUUUUCAUGGUAGGCCAGUCGGUAUCAGUCAGUUGUCCUAAAGGUCAGCGGGUCAAAGGUAACCGGGGAAAAAGUAUCGCCCUCUUAACUUGCAGGAGUGAUCAGAGCUGGACCCCCAUCAGAUCAGUGUGUGAGAGGGUGUCCUGUGGCCCACCAAUGUACAUGGCAAAUGGUGUAGUCCGUGGGGCAGUGUUCCAGUUUGGAGAUGUGGUGGUGUACUCAUGUUAUGCAGGCUACACCAUGGAGGGUUCUAGCAGGAGUGUGUGCUUGGAGAAUGGCACUUGGACCCCACUCCCUACCUGCAAAGCUGUGUGUUGGCUCCAGUGUCAGAAUGGAGGCGUGUGCCAGAGACCAAACACUUGCUCCUGUCCAGAUGGCUGGAUGGGCCGAUUUUGCGAGGAGCCGAUCUGCAUCCUACCAUGUCUCAAUGGAGGACGCUGUGUAGCUCCAUACCAGUGUGAAUGUCCAACAGGAUGGACAGGCACACGCUGCCAUACUGCUGUGUGUUCCAUGCCCUGUUUGAAUGGAGGCCGAUGUAUCCGACCCAACAGAUGUCACUGCAGUCAAGGAUGGGGAGGAUAUGACUGCUCCAGAAAAAGAAGAUCUGCAUACUUUCAUUUUUAAUGUGCCACACCACAAGGAUUCGAGUCUGAAUGUGUUGGAAAAACAUUUUCUCUUUCUCUCAGAAAGCUCCAAGUGGUUUUGUAAAAUAAAGCUGUAUUUUUUCAUGUAGAAAAUUAAACAGUAUUAAAUAUAUGCUGCUGCUAUAUACAUGAACUUGUAUGAUGUGUAAAAAUGAUGUGAUUGUCCAGUGUACAUGUAUAUAAACUAUUAUUUUCAUGUUUUAGAAAACACUACUAUAUGAAAACCAACUGUAAUUCUCAUUCCCACUUUUAAUUUUGAAGAAUUUUCAAUUAAACUUCAGUUUUUUAUA